AUGCCGCCUCCGCCGCAUAUCAAACCUGAGAAUGUCCUCAAGAGGGCCCAGGAACUUAUCGCCGUCGGUCAGGCCCCCGCCGCCUUGACCGUCCUGCACGAACAUGUCACCUCCAAGAGGACCCGCAGCAGCCCGAUCGCUUCCCUCGAGCCGGUGAUGCUCCUGUUUGUGGAGCUGUGUGUCGAUCUGCGCAAGGGCAAGGCCGCAAAGGAUGGUCUCUACCAGUACAAGAACAUUGCUCAGAACACCAAUGUGGGCACGAUUGAGGUUGUUUUGAAGAAGUUCAUCGAGCUCGCCGAGCAGAAGGUCACCGAGGCCCAGACCAAGGCCGACGAGAUCCAGUCAUCUCUCGAAUCUGCGGCCCCUUCCACCAACGUCGAGGACCUGGAGGCGAUCGAAACCCCCGAGACAAUUCUGCUCGCAACUGUCUCCGGUGAGCAGUCCCGUGAUCGCACCGACCGCGCCGUCGUGACUCCGUGGCUCAAGUUCCUCUGGGAAACCUACCGCACCGUCCUCGAGAUCCUCAAGAACAACGCGCGCCUCGAGAUCAUGUACCAGUCGACUGCACUGCAGGCCUUCCAGUUCUGCCUGAAGUACACCCGCAAGACUGAGUUCCGCCGUCUUUGCGAGCUCCUCCGAAACCACGUUCAGAAUGCCGCCAAGUACUCCGCGCAGAUGCAUGCCAUCAACCUGAGCGAUCCUGACACCCUGCAGCGCCAUUUGGACACUCGUUUUCAACAGCUGAACGUGGCCGUGGAACUGGAGCUCUGGCAGGAGGCGUUCCGCAGUAUUGAGGAUAUUCACACUCUGCUGAGCCUGAGCAAGCGCCCCGCCAAGAACGUCAUGAUGGCCAACUACUACGAGAAACUUGCUCGGAUUUUCCUCGUCAGCGAGAACUACCUUUUCCACGCCGCUGCAUGGAACCGUUACUACAACCUGCUCCGUCUGUCGUCGAUUGCUCUGGCCGCCGGUCAGGUCUCGAAGAAGGACAACCCGUCAGCGACCGAGGCUGAAUUGACCAAGGCCGCCUCCUUUGUCCUGCUCUCUGCUCUUGCCAUUCCCGUGAUCAGCACCACCCGCUCGCGUGGCGCCCUGGUUGAUGUCGAUGAGGCUCGCAAGAACAAGAACACUCGUCUCACCAACUUGCUGGGAAUGGCCACCUCCCCGACCCGCUCUGUCCUCUUCCGCGAUGCCUUGAACAAGGGUCUGCUUAAGCGCGUGCGUCCCGAGAUCCGGGAGCUGUACAACAUUCUGGAGGUUGACUUCCACCCGCUGUCCAUUUGCAAGAAAAUUACCCCCAUCCUCAAGCAGAUUGGCGCCGAUCCGGAGAUGGAGAAGUACGUGGUGCCUCUGCAGCAGGUCAUCCUUACUCGUCUGUUCCAGCAACUCUCCCAGGUCUACGAGUCGGUCGAGCUCAAGUUCGUGUAUGAGCUCGCUCAGUUCCCCGACCCGUUCCAGAUUACCCCGGCCAUGAUCGAGAAGUUUAUCAUGAACGGCUGCAAGAAGGGCGACCUGGCCAUCCGCGUGGACCACAUUUCGGGCGUUUUGACCUUUGACUCGGAUGUUUUCUCUUCCUCCAAGGCCAUGCACACCGGCAGUGCGGCAGGUUCUGCCGAGAGCGAGAUUGGCUCCGUGCAGCGUCUGCAGCACACCCCCGCCGAGAUUGCCCGCUUCCAGCUCGCUCGCCUGGCGAAGACCCUGCACGUCACGUGCAUGUACGUCGACCCGUCCUACAACGAGGCUCGUCUGCAGGCCAAGCAGGCCGCCCAGGCUCGCGCUCUGGCUGGCGCCGCCCAAGAGCACGAGGACACCUUGGCCCGCCGUGUCAUCAUCGACAAGAAGAAGGAGGCUGCUACCGAUGCCUUGCAGCGCAAGCAGCGCGAGGAGGAAACUCGCAAGCGCAUCCGUACGCAGCAGCUUCAGGAGGCCGAGAAGCAGCGACUGCUCAACGAGCACCAGGAGCGCGAGCGCAAGCGUAUCAAGGAUGAGCAGGACCGUAUCCGUCAGGAGGAGCUGAAGAAGCAGCUUGAGGAACUGAAGACGGGUGUGAAGGGCAUUGACGUGAGCGAGAUUGAUCUGAAUGAGCUGGAUGCCAACCGUCUGCGUGCCAUGAAGCUUGCCCAGCUGGAGAAAGAGAAGAAUGAGCUCAGCGACCGGGUCCGCACCACCGCUAAGCGCAUUGACCACUUGGAGCGUGCCUUCCGCCGCGAGGAACUGAAGCAUGUUCCCGAGGACUAUGAGGCCCAGAAGAAGCAUGACAUGGAGCUCUACGAUAAGCAGACCAAGGAGACCUUGGAGGAAGCCAAGGCGAAACACGCCGAAGCUGUGGCGCUGAAGCACCGUCUCGGCCGCCUGGUGCCGCACUUCAGCAGCUUCCGCAAGGAGGUAUCGGAGAAGCGUCACGAGGAGUUCGAGAAGCGCCGCAAGGCUGCCGAGCGGGAGUUUGAAGCCAAGAAGAAGCAGCGCGUCAAGGAGGUUCAAGACCGCCGUCGUCGCGAGAAACAGGAACGCGAGGAAGAAGAGCGUCGCCUCAAGGAGGAGGAAGAGCGCGCCCAGCGCGAGGAACAGGAACGGACUGCCCGGGAGGAGGAGCGCCGUCGUACUUUGGCCGAGGAGAAGGCCAAGCGGGAAGAGGAGAGAGCGUUCGUUGCCCCCCUUGUCGCUUCCUUGUCCUCUUUCAAGAUUAUCAAAGCUAACUGGCCAUUUUCUUACAGCAAACUCGACGAGAUGGCCAUCCGACAACAGCAGCGCGAAGAGGAGGCCGAGGCCCGCCGUGCUGCCCGAAAGACUGGUGCCCCUGCAGAGCCCACCGAGCGAACGGCACCCCGCCUCAAUGUCGCCCCUCGCACUGGUGGUGCCACCAGCUGGAGAGACCGACAAGCGGCCAAGGAAUCUGCUGGCGGCGCUGCGCCGGAACCCACCCGGGAGGAAGCCCCUCUGCGCAAGACCGGCGGAUAUGUGCCACCCCAUCUGCGUGCCGGAGCCUCUGCCAGCUCUGGAUCCGCCCCACCCCCUCGUGAAGCCCCUGCGACUGGACCUACUGACCGCUACGUUCCCCGGCACAUGCGUGACCCCUCGGCUGCCCAGUCCUCAGCUCCCCCGGCGGACUCCAGCAAGCCUGAGGAGUCCAACGGCCCUCAGAAGUGGGUCCCGCGAUGGAAGCAACAGCAAAGCUAA